AUGCAAAAAAUGCGAAACCAAGCUCUAAAUAGAUAUCGUCGUAGUAGGAAUCCGGAACACUGGAAUUACUACAAACAGAUUAGGAACUUAAUUACUUCUACUAUUAGACGUGAAAAAAAGAUUUAUUUAAACAAUAAACUUCAAAACUGCAACAUAAAAGAAAAGUGGAAUGAGCUUAGGAAGAUUAAUGUACUUAACAGAAAACAAAAUCAUAUUCCAGAUAAUCUUAAAGACGUUAAUAAACUUAAUCAACAUUUUACAGCGGCUUGUUCAAUUAAUCAACAACCCAGUAAUGAACUUCUAAGUUUUUACAGAAAUCAUUCUAUGCCAGUUCAAGAACCAUUUCGUUUUAAUACAGUGUCUAUGGAGGACGUUGCCGAUAUUAUCUUGAGUGUAAAAUCAAAAGCCUUUGGACAGGAUGAUCUUAAUAUAACUCUAAUUCAACUUUGUUGCCCCUUUAUCGUGCCUUUUAUUACGCAUAUUGUUAAUAGCUGUAUCAUUGAGUUUUACUUUCCCGCAUCUUGGAAAAGAGCAAAAAUUAUUCCUUUACCUAAAAUAAAGAAUCCAACUGAAUUUAAUCACCUGCGAUGUAUAUCUAUCCUACCCACGUUCUCGAAAAUAAUCGAAAAAAUUAUAGAAAAGCAAAUGAGCAAUUUUUUGGAAAAAAAAUAAUAUUA